UUUUUUUUCCCUUCCAAGGAAGCAAGACAUCGACCACAACAACACCAAUGGCGGACAAGCAACCGACCGGUGAAAGCAGUGGUCGCGGCCGCGGCGAGGGCCGUGGUGGCGAGGGCCGUGGCCGUGGUGGCGGUCGUGGUGGUGGCCGUGGUGGUGGCCGUGGCCGCGAGGAGCGCAAGGAGUGGAAGCCCGUGACCAAGCUGGGCCGCCUCGUCAAGGAGCGCCGCAUCAAGUCCAUCGAGGAGAUCUACCAGCACUCCCUGUCCAUCAAGGAGCCCGAGAUCAUCGACUUCUUCUUCGGCGACUCUCUGCAGGACGAGGUCCUCAAGAUCACCCCCGUGCAGAAGCAGACCACCGCUGGUCAGCGCACCCGCUUCAAGGCCUUUGUUGCCCUCGGCGACAGCAACGGUCACCUUGGCCUCGGCGUCAAGUGCUCCAAGGAGGUUGCCGGCGCCAUCCGUGGCGCCCUCCUCUGCGCCAAGAUGAGCCUCCUCCCCGUGCGUCGUGGUUAUUGGGGUAACAUGCUUGGUGAUCCCCACACCGUGCCCAUGAAGACCACCGGUGUCUGCGGUAGCGUCACUGUGCGUCUCAUCCCCGCGCCUCGCGGUGCCGGUAUUGUUGCCGCCCCUACCCCCAAGAAGCUGCUCCAGCUCGCCGGUAUCGACGACUGCUACACGGCUUCCCGUGGCCAGACCGCCACCCUCGGCAACUUUGCCAAGGCAACGUUCGAGGCCAUCCGCCAGACGUACACGUACCUGACCCCUGACCUGUGGGCAGACAUGGCCAUCUCCAAGAACCCCUACGUCGAGCACUCCGACUUCCUCAACAAGUCCAAGAAGAGCCGCAACUGAGUUGACUUCGCUUGCUUGCGCUUGUGAUUUCGAUUAAACGAGCAUCGAAUCUGCAUCAACAAUUUUUGAAAGAAAACAAGAAGCCAAACUGGAAAAAAAAAAAUCGCUGGCCCACAACACGGCCACCGCCCAACAACCCUCCGCCUGUCCAAUCCAAUCCGUCCACCCACACCACCUUCCACCUUCGGCCUCCUCCCUCCCCUCUCUAUCCUGUCCUUCUUUCCAUUGCGCACAACGCAUCGCACCCUGUGGCUGUGAGGGAGCGAGGGUGGCUUCGUUUUAGUGUUGGUGGCAAGAGCCAGAGGGAACCGUCCGCUGGGCGUGUCGUUGUUUGAGUGGGUGUAUGUGUGUGCAUGAUACAGAGGAUCAACUGCACAGAUGGAUCCGGAUGACGUUCGCCUCAAGCUGGCAGUGGUGCGGGAAUUGAAGGCACUCAAAGUGAACGUUGGAAGGCUAUGCAGAAAAGACACAAAGUUGGCUGGACAAAGAACAACGCCAUUGCCGUCAGGCCAGGUGUUCGGUGUUCCGCUGAUUGAGCUGGUAGCAAAAGGUGCAACUGAAGACGUGGAUGGGCUCGUCGUACCGAG